UACUCUGUAAAAUGUUAUGACCAUUUCAUGAAGGGUAGAGACAGUUUUGAAGAAUUUGAUGCUGAAAUAGAUUCCAAAUUAAAGGAUCUGUUUCAGGUACAUGAAAAUCAUUUAGCGGACUUAGAAGAAAAAGAAAAAAGGUUGAAGGAAGAGAUUGCCAAGCGUGAAAAGGAAAGAGAAAGUGAACCAGACCGUUUAGAGCAACUACGGAGCCUGAAAUCAUCUUUACAGGCAGAUGGCAAACAAUAUGAGGCUUAUAUAGCCAGUUUGGAAUCUCUCUCAAGCAGCCUCAUUCAAAAUAUAAAGAGUAUUACAGAGGAGCAAGAAGCUGCUGGUAAGGAGAAACUAUUCAACAUCACUAUAUA